AUGGCGUUGUAUGACCUUUGGAUUUGGCAUGCAUUUGUUGGUCCAUCGGGUGCAAACAACAACAUUAAUGUUCUAGACAAAUCGCCGAUAUUGAAAAACAUCUACGUUAGAAAAUCAUAUAAUGUGUCAUUUCAAGCAAAUGAAUAUGAGCAAAAGUUGAUUUGCCGCUACAAUGAAAAUGAAAAUUUACCAAAUGUCGAAGGAGUUGGUAUUCGUUUGAAGACGUACAUGGCGAACAAAGCGGAAGUAUACAACCGAGUUGGACGCCCCAACCUUUAUGUUGAUUUGGUGCAAAACAUAUUCAAUGCUCGAACGAAUCCCGUUGUCGAUGAUUUUGUUAAACACGACUUGUUUGAUGAUAAAGAUGACGAUUCGAGUUUAAAGGAGAUUCGGAUGAAGAUUUUGAUGACGUGCCGAACGACGAUGAUUUGA